CGUAUUGAAGAAGCUAGACUUUAUGUAAGUAUUUCGAUUGAAGGCAGUCCACAACUAAUCCGCCACAUGUUUAGUUCGUUCCGGGCCGGAACCUGGAUUACGUAUAGCCCAAAUUAGAUGGAUUGUAGUAAAAGCCCGAAAUAGGUGGAUUAUAGUAAAAGCCCGAAAGUAAAAAGAAAAAAGCCCAUAAAAGAAGGUCAGAAAAAAUAAAUAAAAAUGACAGAAGUUCAAAACUAUGCCAAAACCUGAAGCAGCUAAAAGCUCGUCUUCUUCAGCAUUCUCUACUCCUGCAGGUGAUCCGGUGAUUGGUAACCUUGCAGGAGAGCUACUUCAAAUCGGACAUGUAAUUCUCGAAACCUAUACUGAUGGAUCUCUUACACCAGAAUGAAGAGGCGCCCCAUCAUCCCUUCGGCUUGUUAUAAACACCCAAGUUCAAGCAGACCUCAUCUAUUCGUAUGCCUUUUCAGUUCUUCUUCCUUUGACUCAUCCGGUGUGAGGCCUUUUCCUGAUUAUUCACCGAAAAAACCUUCUAUAAAAGACUCUGAAUUUGUCCACCAUAUCUCAACUGUCAUCAAGCAACGCCGAUGUGAGCCCUUUCGCCAGAUUCUGAAGCCCUUUGAAUCGAAAUUCAGGCCCGACCAUCUCCUUUGGGUUCUGAUGGACAUAAAAACCGAUUACAGACUAAUUGUAAAUUUAUUUGACUGGUCUUGCAUCAGAAGAUACCCGUCACUUGAGGCGUGCUGCAUCCUUAUUCAAAUUGCUGUCGGAGCUAACGAUCUAGAGAUGGCUCAAAAACUUUUACAUGAAUUCUGGACAAAACCGAGCAUUGAUGGCAAUAUCUCGGUCUCCCAGUUUCUUGAAAAAUUAAUAUACACUUACAAGGAUUGGGGUUCAGAUCCCUGCAUCUUUGACAUUUUUUUCCAAUGUCUUAUUGAAGAUGGACAUCUUGAUGAUGCGAGAAAGGUCUUCGAUAAGAUGCUGAAUUAUGGUGUGGUUCUCUCUCUUGAUUCAUGCAACAUGUUUCUUUCCAGACUUUCGAAAGAGCCCGAUGGUCCCAAAAUGUCGUUAAAGGUUUUCUGUGAGUUUUCUGAAGUGGGUAUUCAGUGGAAUACUGUAUCCUAUAAUAUAGUCAUACAUUCACUUUGUCGGUUGGGGAACACGAAAGAAGCUCAUAAGCUACUUCUGCAAAUGGAUUUAAGAGGUUGCAUUCCUGAUGCUGUGAGCUACAGUACAGUAAUUAACGGAUAUUGUAAUCAAGGAGAACUUAAUUCGGGGCUAAACGUUGUUGAAAAUAUGCAACAGAAAGGUUUGAAGCCAAAUGCCUUCACCUUUAACAGUAUAAUCCUUCUUCUGUGCAAGAGUGGUAAAGUGUUAGAUGCCGAAAAGGUAUUGAGGGAGAUGAUUUCUCAGGGAAUCUUUCCUGAUAAUGCAGUCUACACCACUCUCAUUGAUGGGUUUAGCAAAAUCGGGAAUACUGCUUCUGCAUCCAGAAUGUACGAUGAAAUACAAAGUCGGAAUAUUAUUCCAGAUGUUAUCACAUAUACUGCUCUAAUUUGUGGCUUCUGUCAGAACGGAAAAGUAGCCGAAGCAGACCACCUCUUUUAUGAAAUGCUGAAUAUUGGAUUAAAAGCAGAUGAAUUUACUUACACUACGCUUAUUGACGGUUACUGCAAGGCAGGUGAAAUCGAAAAGGCGUUUUCUCUUCAUAAUGAGAUGAUUCAGGUGGGGCUGAUUCCAAACGUAGUCACGUACACUGCACUGGUUGACGGGCUCUGUAAAAAAGGGGAUGUCGAUACAGCAAACGAACUUCUUCACGAGAUGUGUGAAAAGGGACUCGUUCUCAAUAUUUACACAUGGAAUGCACUUCUCAACGGUCUUUGUAAGUCCGGGAAUAUAGAGCAAGCUGUGAAGCUGAUGAAAGAUAUGGAGGUGGCUAAGAUAGGUCCCGAUGUUUAUACCUACACUACUCUAAUGGAUGCGUACUGCAAAAACGGUGAAAUGGUUAUGGCACACCAGCUGCUUCAUGAGAUGUUAAAGAAGGGGAUUAAACCAACUGUUGUCACAUUCAAUGUUCUGAUGAAUGGGUUUUGUAUGUCGGGGAUGCUAGAAGAUGGUCAGAAGCUGCUAAACUGGAUGUUGGAGAAGGGCAUAAUGCCUAAUUCCACCACUUACAAUUCUCUUAUUAAACAGCACUGUGUUAGAAAUGAUAUGCGUUCAGCCACUGAAGUUUACCGGGGUAUGUAUAAUCAGGGAGUGACACCAGAUGAGAAUACGUAUAAUAUACUGAUACGAGGGCAUUGCAAAAUGAGGAAUAUGAAGGAAGCGUGGUUUUUGCAUAAAGAAAUGGUUGAGAAGGGAUUUAAUCUUACGGUUGAGACCUAUAAUGCACUGAUUAAAGGAUUUAUUAAAAGGAAGAAGUAUAUGGAGGCCAGAGAACUUUUUGAAGAGAUGAGGAAAAAAGAAUUAUCUCCAGACACGGAGAUAUACUGCACCUUCGCAGAGAUGAAUUACGAGGAGGGGAAUGUUGAUUUAACUUUGGUGCUUUGUGACGAGGCUGUUGAGAAGUUUGUCGGUGAUAAUAGCAAAGGUGGAAGGACGUAAGUCUUAUAUCUUGGGUUUCGUGCAAGCGACAUUGGAGAACCAUGGUGGAACAUCUUUCAGAGAGAUGGUUCACUAAUUAGACCAAGGGAUAAGUAAAAUCCCUUGGUCAGACAAUCCAUUUGGUUGCUUCAGGUGGAAGAAAGAAGAAAUGAUCACUUCUUGAUUAUACUUCUGCCGACUUCCGUAUCUCGAUCAGGGUAAUGGAUGUUUGUUAAGUCAUUCCAUAAAAUAUGGAGGAUCGACCUUUUGCAGUCUUCAUACGUUACCACACAAUACAGGUCUCGCAAAGAGGCAGGAAGUUCACAGUGUGUCAUCAGAUAAAAAGCUUGAUGAUGCCUUGCCUGUAAAAAGGGAGACUACUAUGGUUUUCAUAGGUGGAGAUGCAUGCCUAAGGAU